GUUGUGCGACAGUGAGGUGGAGGGAGGGGGUUUGGUGGUGAGCACGUUGGUGGUCGGAUCUCCGGACUGAAGGAGGAGAGAGAAGAGCAGCAGAUCCUUUCCAUCAGAAUCUGAUCAUAACCCAAUCAGAACCCGUCUCUUGUUCCUGCUUCCGUUCCUCACGGCCCCCAGCGAGCUGCACCAGCGCUCCGCGGAACAGCUGCGAGUUAAUCUAGCUAUAUAACCGCUAACCAUGUCAGUGACGGAGAUGUUCAGCCACAUCCAGGGGUUUCUGAGCGCCGACCAGGAGGUUCGAGAGGACAUAAGGAAAGUUGUCCAAGGGCUGGAGCAAACCGCCAGAGAGAUCCUCACCGUCCUCCAAAGCGUUCAUCAGCCAACCGGCUUUAAAGACAUUCCCAACAAGUGUUUGAAGGCCAGAGAACUGUUUUCCACAGUUCAGAUCCAUAUUGGAGAGCUGAGAACCAAGUUUCCAGUGGAACAAUACUACAGAUUUCAUGAGCACUGGCGGUUCGUUCUUCAGCGCCUCGCCUUCCUUGCAUCCUUUGUGGUUUAUUUGGAGACUGAGUCCUUGGUGACGCGAGAGGAAGUGGCAAAAAUACUUGGAACUGAAGUUAACCGAGAAAAAGGCUUCCAUCUGGAUGUUGAAGAUUAUCUAGCAGGAGUUCUUAUUAUGGCCAGUGAACUGUCGAGAUUGGCAGUCAACAGUGUGACAGCAGGCGACUAUGGACGCCCGCUUCGAAUCUCUAAUUUUAUCAAUGAACUUGAUUCAGGCUUUCGCCUGCUCAACCUGAAAAACGACCCGCUACGUAAGCGUUACGACGGCCUCAAGUAUGAUGUAAAGAAGAUCGAGGAGGUGGUGUACGACCUGUCUAUCCGCGGCCUUGCCAAGGAGCCAGAGGCUGGGGGAGAUAAGUAGAGGCAGCAGAGGAGCAGAAGAGGCCGCGGGGCACUACCCUGGCUGGAAUUCUCCAUGACUGGGAGAUUGGAGACUUAACCUGCCAGUGGGCAGGUGGGAGGAGGAAGAGAAGAAGGGAUGGAGGGAUUGAAGCCCCAGAAGCCUUAGACAGUGGUGUGUAUGUUGGAGCCACUAGUCUACUAUGAUGGAAAGCUAUUUAGGCCUGCUGAAAAGGAGAUGUUCUGUUUCUCAGCGUUGUUGAGAGAAGUUUACUUUUGUCCAGUUUCAUCUGUUCAUUUGUUUGGUUGGGUAGAUGUGCCAUUUUUGCAGUUUGUAUUGUUUUGUGUUGAUCAUCACGCUUGUGAACCGUUGCACAGUUGAACAUUGGGCACGGAAGAGGUAGAAGAGGGGUGAGGAGUUUAAUAAUCAAAAGUAUAAAUACUUCCCAAUUUCAUUAAACACUUGACUGAACGUAAGUAAGUAAUUCAUACUGAAGGUUUGUGUAGGUAGAACGCCUGUGGAGAAAAAUGAAGAUCAUGUACGAGCUGAAACUUCACCUCAGUUUCCCCUUACUCAGCCAUAAUUUAUGUCUGCACCUGUUUUCACUGAAUAGAAAUGCACAGUUAUACGUGUGUGUUUGUGUGUGUUUUCUCUGACUGUCAGUAGCAAAUACCUUGAGGGCUGAUCAGCACUGGCAUAAGGAUGUUUUAUUCAAAUGAUUUCCUCCACAUUUUUUAUUUAGCAGUUUUUGUUUAUUGUGUUUAGACUGAAAGACUGUACUGUUGUACGAAAAAGAAAACAGUAAAUAUGUUUACAUUCACUUAAUAGUCUGUUCAUAAUGGGAUUACUGCAGUUAUUUGAUUGAUUAUUCAAGUAGUUCUGUAAAAGGCAUGUUCCAAAGUAAGACCUAGAAGCCUGAUUAAGAAAUCUGGUUACAAAACCUGGAUUUUAAUUUAGUAAUCAUAUUCUACUAAAUUGCAGCUCUGGGAAAAAAUUGGGACCACAUCAGUUUCUCUGAUUUUGUUAUUUAUAGGUAUAUAUUUAAGUAAAAUGAAUAUUGUUGUUUUAUUCUAUAAACUACGGACAACAUUUCUCCCGAAUUCCAAAUAAGAAUAUUGUUAUUUAGAGCAUUUAUUUGCAGAAAAUGAGAAAUGGCUGAAAUAACAAAAAAGAUGCAAAAAGAAAUUUCAGACCUCAAAUUAUGCAAAGAAAACAAGUUCAUAUUCAUAAAGUUUUAGGAGUUCAGAAAUCAAUAUUUGGGUUUUAAUCACAGUUUUUAUGCAUAUUGGCGUGUUCUUCUCCACCAGUCUUGCACAAUGCUUUUGGAUAACUUAAUGCCUUUACUCCUGGUGCAAAAAAUCAAGCAGUUCAGCUUGGUUUGAUGGCUGUGAUCAUCCAUUUUCCUCUUGAUUAUAUUCCAGAGGUUUUCAAUUUGUAAAUUUAAGAAACUCAAUGUUUUAAGUGAUCACAUUUUUUUUUCCAGAGCUGAAUUUUCUGAAUCAGAUUAUUUUUUGAAGUCUCAGUCUGUGCAUGAGUGAAAACACACCCUUGUGCAGCAGUUAAGCGAGCAGUGUUUAACACAGCACCUUUAAGAUGACGACAAAACACUUUGAGUGACGCUGAAACUGAAGGAUUUAAAUAAUUAUAAUCUUCUAGCUGAUGAUGUUUGUUCAUACAAAGAAAAAACACGCUGCAUUAAGUUUUACAUGAAGUUUGUCGCAUAUAUUAUUCUGUGAGAUUAUUGGCUGGUUGCAAAGCAAAUAUCUGAUUAUUAAUCUACAGAUGUAAAUGCGCUCGUUUACGAGGAAGUGUAAUACACUACCGUCAUAAUUCUUUCAGUGAGCAAUCUCCAUUAGUUAUGUGUUUUUAAGCUUUGGGUUAUGGGUCCAGCAUUGCAUUUUUGCAUGCUGCCUUUGGCAUUCAGGCUUGUGGGUUACAGUGGGUUUUUUUUUUAUUUAAAUACGCAGCUAAAUGCAAAGACCUCAGAUUACAAAAUGUCUUUUUUUUUGUCCACAGUUUGCUUACAUUUUCAGCAAUUCUGUUAAUUUUCAAUAAACUGCUGUUUUGGUGCUUA